UAUGACUGGUGUCCUUAUAAGAAGAUGGCCAGGUGAAGAGACAGAGACAGCGAGAAUGCCAUGUGAAAGUGGAGGCAGAGGCUGAAGUACUGCAUCUACGAAGCAAGGAACACAAGGAUUGCCAGAUGUCACCAGAAGAUUUUCCUCCUGCGUUCCUGACCCACUGAUUCAUUGGCUUCUCAGAAGUUUUCUCCUGGAUGCCGCACAGGUCUGGGAAGAUGUAACUAGAAAACAGAACGUAGAGGAGGAAAUGCUGCAAAGAGGCCACGCACAGGCUGGAAUUUCCCUGCCGUUUAAAUCGGCUUGGACGGCCCCUGGACCUACAACUGAACAGAAAAGCGAGGCCCUCCAGCCGUUAAGCCAAAAGGCCCGCUCACGCCGGCCCCGCUCCCCUGCCCAAGGACUGUGGUUCCCAGAACCCUCCGCGACCGGAGAGGCCGCGACCGCGGGUGCGCAGGUGCACAGCUGCCCCCGCGGGUGGGCUAGAAGCGCGCUGCGCAGAAGUGGUCAGAUGGGAGCUCCGGGUCCUGCGAGGGUGCCCUUGAAAGACUCCUGCUAGUAUGGGCCGUCUACAGAGCCAGUCCAGGCUAGGAUGGCUGGAUCACUAACAGCAGCUGAAACUCUGGCCCUUCAGAAUACACGGGAUCAAGAGAAGAUUAUGAUGAUGGAGCCAAAGGAAGAGGAACAGUCUUGGGAGUAUGAGACCAGGCUACAUGGGAACCACUCUCCCAGUCAGGAGAUCUUCCGCCAACGCUUCAGGCAGCUCUGCUACCAGGAGACUCCUGGUCCCCGGGAGGCCCUGAGCCGACUAAGGGUACUCUGCUGUGAGUGGCUAAGGCCCGAGAGGCACACCAAGGAGCAGAUCCUGGAGCUACUGGUGCUGGAACAAUUCCUGACCAUCCUACCGGAGAAGCUCCAGUCCUGGGUGCGGGGACAUCACCCUAAGAGUGGAGAGGAGGCUGUGACUGUGCUGGAGGAUUUAGAGAAAGGACUUGAUGAACCAAGACUGCAGGUCCCAGGCCCGGCACACGGACCUGCACAGGAAGAGCCGUGGGAGGAGAAGGAAGCUGUGGGGGCUGCCCAGAAGAAACCAAGCAUCCAGCUCCAACCUAAGGAGACCCAGCCUUUCCCAGAGAGCGAACAGGUAUAUUUACAUUUUCCAUCAGUUUUUGCAGAAGAUGGUGCAGAGCCCAAGGACAAAGGGUCGUUGCGAGAACCACCCAUUACUGACGUGGAAUCACAGGUGCUCAGAGAAAAACUCACCACCAGCACCUCUACAUUUGAAGCUGCCUCUGAAGUUGAGGCCCCUUUAGAGCAGCAGCAGAGAAAUCUCAAAGGGGAAAGACUGAAGCAGUCCCCCGCUCAGGGGAAAAGCUUCAGGCAGAUGGUUGUCACCCUUAAGACAACUCCCACAGGGAAGAAAGACCAUGAAUGCAGUGAAUGUGGUAAAGCCUUCAUUUAUAACUCACACCUUAUAAUCCACCAGAGAAUCCAUUCCGGAGAGAAACCCUAUAAGUGCAGUGACUGUGGGAAAACUUUCAACCAGAGCUCAAACCUCAUUCAGCAUCAGAGAAUUCAUACAGGAGAGAAACCCUACGAAUGUCAUGUGUGUGGGAAGUCCUUCAGGUGGAGUGCUCAUCUUGUUCAACAUCAGAGGGUUCAUUCAGGGGAGAAGCCCUACGAGUGUAAUGAGUGUGGGAAGGCCUUCAGUCAAAGCUCAUAUCUAAGUCAGCAUCUGAGAAUCCACAGUGGAGAGAAACCUUUCCUAUGUAAAGAAUGUGGGAAGGCCUACAGAUGGAGUUCUGAGCUUAUCAGACAUCAGAGAGUUCAUGCCAGAAAAGAGCCUUCCCAAUGGACUGUGGGUGAGAAAGUCUCCAGACAGAAUUGUACUUUUGUCUAAUCAGUUUUAGGACUAUAUUCCAUAAAAGUUAUAAGCACCUUAAGAUUUUUCCUGUGUCUUUCUUGAUUUAGGAAAAAAUGUUUACCUAGUCCCACCUGCAGCUCAUCGCUUCACGCCCUCUGUUUGAGAUGACUGUAUCUACUAGCAUGCCUUUGGCUGCGAGUAACAGCCAAGAUGCCGACUUCAUUAGGGUUCCGGGCCUGGCACAGAGCAGCUGUGCAGGCAGUGGCCAUCCUGUAUUGGUAUUAUUGUGAAUGGGUCUUUGGUCCUGGCCCUUCCUCAGCCCCAUACUGAGCUGCCUCUUGGGACAGGGUCACAUCUACAAGUGUCCAGGCAUAAGACAGAAACCACACUUGUUCUUUGAGCAGGGAACGUUUAAUACAAAGAAGUGCUAGCUAGUAAAGGGGGAUUAUCUGUUAAAGGAGGUAAUGAGAUCUUAGUAUAGGAAUAGCAGCAUGGGGAACAGCUACUACCUCUAGG